UUGUGUAUAAUAAGUUAGAAGAAAUGCAAGAAUCAAUAAGGACCACAAGAUUUGGAUAGCCUUUACUUCAUCUUCUUUCUUCCUAUGUCACAAGUUCACAACUUUCCAUAGUCAUUCCCCCAAUCAAGAAGCUAAAAAAAAGACUCAAAUAAUGGCAAUGCAUCACUAUUUUCGUACAAGAAGUACUACGUCUAAUCAGUGGUGGUGGAGUCAGAAUUUUGUCCAUGACAACAGAGUCAGAACAUCCACUAAAAGGAUUCAAAUAUACAUGACUCAUGAGUCGUCCUCAGAUAACCAAAACGACACAAUCCAACCCAAUCAAUUUUCACCACUCGAAUCAGUUUUCAGGCGGCGUUUACUUACUGGCAUUGCCACAGCUUCUAUAGUAGCCUUGGGUGCCAAUUUUACUGGCAUUACUAGUUCCUUACUAGGCCUAUCCCCCGAUGGUGCUCGGAGUCUUAAGCUCGAUGUAAUCUACCCUAUCGGAGGUUAUACUCGAUGUCUUGACACAAAUGAAGGAUUUGAGUUUGUGUAUCCAUCAAGUUGGGUUGGUGAUCAAACUAUAUUGUAUCGAGCCGCGGGGAGAGUAGAACGAUCACUCGAUCCACCAUCGUUGAGUGGCAAUGGUGAUCGGAGACGGAGAAAUGUGAAUGAACCAGUUGUUGCAUUUGGUCCUCCGGGAUCAAAUGGAGAACUCAAUGUUAGUGUCAUUGUUUCACAAGUUCCUAUUGAUUUCUCGAUAGAGACAUUUGGAGGACCAAAGGAAGUAGGUGAGGCUAUAGUGAAGAUUAUUACAGGAUCAGGCAAAAGACCUAAUGUUAAAGGGACACUAAUUCAAGCAAAUUUAAGAGAGGAUUCUAAUAAAAAAUAUUACACAUUAGAAUUUCAAGUUGAAAGCCCUACAUUUGAGAGACACAAUGUUGCUGUUUGUUGUGCUAAGGGAGGAAAAUUAUUCACUUUGAAUUCACAAUCUCCACAAUCAAGUUGGCCAAUGGUGAAAGAAGAUCUCUACAAAAUAGCUAAUUCUUUUAGCGUAACGUCAUGAAGUCAUAAAUCGAACAUAAUAAAGACUUUUUUGUGUCAUUUGAUUCAGGAGGAGUCUCUUGACGUUACGUCUCUUUUUAGAGUUGAUGCUUAAUAUAAGAAAAAGAGACUAUGAAAUAAAAGAAAGAAGGUGCGUUCGAACUUCGAUAUUUUAUACAAAUUGGGCUUCAAAUGAUUUAGUCCAAACAAUUCUCUUUUUAUGGCAUUAGUUAUUGGAUGCUUAACUAACUUUGUAACAAGAAUAUCAUUAUAAAUUAUGUUUACAUUACACAAUUUGUUUGAUA